UAUAAUCUAGGCAAGCAAGACUAAGUGAAAGUGGUUCAGAGAUUUAGCCCAACCUACAUUUCCUGGGUCCUAAGUGCUGUUUUUACCAGUAUUCAAUCGCCAUUCGCAAAGUGCAAUUCUUCGAGAAGGCACUUGGAGAUGAAACGUUUAUCACUUUUCCUGGUGCUAGUGACCGGAGUUUUCACUGUGGUAGGCUUCCCAGACGGAGCCCCGGUCGAUGCCUGCGUGAAACCCAGGCCCAACCAGCCCUACCAUGGCCAGGCCAGGCCCCAACCCCCGUCAACCAACCCCUUCCAGGUCAUACAGAGCAGUGCCCAGUACGGACCUGGCACCCAAAUCACAGUGACUAUCCAGGGCGCUGACUACUUCAAGGGCUUCUUCAUCCAGGCGCGCGAUGUCGCCUCGAACGGUUGGCUAGGCGAAUGGGUAGAAACCCCUAACACAAAAAUUCACCCUGAAUGUAGCGCCAUCACCCACGCUGACCCUAAACCAAAGCAGCAGGCAGUUUUAGUCUGGCAAGCACCUCAUAACGUUCAGCCCGGCCAAGUCUACUUUACGGGAACGGUGCUGAAGGAAUAUACCAUGUUUUGGUCGAACAUCGUGUCGCAGGUGGCCCAGUAAAUUAUUUAUUUCCAGCUUUUUACAGUAUUUUUUUAAAUAAAAGAUUAUCUCCAAA